GAGGAGAGCACAGACCUUGCCAGUGCCCAGCAUAUAGAAAAGAGUGUUACAACUGUGGCAUGAAGAACCCCUUCUCACUCAAAUGCAGGCAGCGGAGACAACAAAAUACAGUACACUGUGUCAACGAGGACCAGGACAACAGUGGUGACAACGAGUACAGUGAUGGGUCUUUUGGUGACCUCUUUGUGGGAACAGUCGCACUUGCAGGACUAGACGAGGACUGCUACCUACAAGACUAAUGGAACUGAUAUUGUGUUCAAACUUGACACUGGAGCACAGGUCAACAUCAUUCCAGAGACUGAAUUGUUACGGUUACAGAACCAGGAAGUCCCUCCCCUCCACAAACUCUCUUCUGAGGAAACGAAACUGAUCUGAGUCUCUGUGUCGUCUGUCUGUGUGAGAGUGAACAACCGUCCAAAUGGCUCAGCAGGGAGUUCUGCUGGACCAGGACCAGUUCUGUUGUUCUGUCUGUCUGGAUCUACUGAAGGAGCCGGUCACCAUCCCCUGUGGACACAGUUACUGUAGAAGCUGUAUUGAGGGCUGCUGGGAUCAGGAUGUUCUGAAAGGGGUCUAUAGCUGUCCUCAGUGCAGACAGACCUUCACUCCAAGGCUUACUCUGAGGAAAAAUAACAUGUUGGCUGAGGUGGUGGAGAAACUGAAGAAGACAGGACUCCAGGCUGCUCCCCCUCCUGCUCUGUGCUAUGCUGGACCUGGAGAUGUGGCGUGUGAUGUCUGCACUGGGACCAGAAAGCAGAAAGCCCUCAUGUCCUGUCUGGUGUGUCUGGCCUCUUACUGUGAGACUCACCUCCAAUCUCACUAUGAAUCUCCUGCUUUGAAGAAGCACAAGCUGGUCAAAGCCACCGCACAACUACAGGAGAAGAUCUGCUCUCAUCAUGACAAACUGCUGGAGGUUUACUGUCGUAGCGAUCAGCAGUGUAUCUGUUAUCUGUGUACAAUGGAUGAACAUAAAGGCCAUGAUACAGUGUCAGCUGCAGCAGAGAGGACUGAGAAACAGAGGCAGCUGGGGAUGAGUCAGCAGAAAGUCCAGCAGAGAUUCCAGGAGAGAGAGAAGGACCUGAAGGAGCUCCAACAGGCUGUGGAGUCUCUCAAGCACUCUGCACAGGCAGCAGUGGAGGACAGUGAUAAGAUCUUUACUGAGCUGAUCCGCUCCAUUGAGAGAAGGCGCUCUGAGGUGAAGGAGCUGAUCAGAGCCCAAGAGAAGGCUCAAGUGAGUCAAGCUGAAGGACUCCUGGAGCAACUGGAGCAGGAGAUAGCUGAGCUGAGGAAGAGAAGCACUGAGCUGGAGCAGCUCUCACACACAGAGGAUCACAUCCAUUUCCUCCAGAGUUAUCAGUCUCUCUCCGGUACCAGUGUAUCUUCAGACUUACCCAGCAUCGUUGUCCGUCCUCUUCAGUACUUUGGAGAUGUGAGUAAGACUGUGUCUGAACUGAGAGAGAAACUAGAAGACGUCCCUUAA